GGAGAAUGAAAUAUCUUCGGCUGCUGUGACCUACACAAACUCUUUUGGGUUCUCUGGUAGUCACACCCGGGCUUCAGGUUUAUCUUCAAAAGAUAUAUCCGUUUGUGCAAAGUACAUGUCCCUAUUGGGCACAGGGGUCUCUAGACAUCAAGCAUCAUCAUUAAGCAUCAUUCGCAUAUGGCGAGCCUGUGGCCACCUGCAUUCAGUAGACGAUGGCAAAUGUUUCUUUUGAUUCGCCCAGGCUGCCGAGCAAUGUGCGAAGGGAUUAUGAUAGGGUAUGCUUGUGCUGGAGUGACUCAGCCGUCAUCACGCGUGCUGAGUCAGGACGCCACCGUGAGGAGGAGGUACUUCUACUGCUCAGAUUGUACGAGACUUUUCAUCAUUUAGGCGGUGGAAGCAGUUGCGAUACGAUUCCUCCCACAGUAUGCAACUCUGAAAUUCUGACAUAAAUAUGUUCUAAGAUGGCCGAUCAGUUCAAGCACCUCAAUGUCAGCAACUGAGCAACUUAUCCAAUUUCAAAAUUACAGCUGCCUCCAGCAUCGACUUUACAGUCACGUCUUGUAUCGUUUCAUGAACCGUAGAGCCGCUCUCCACCCGUUCUCCAUCUUUCCGUUUCGGUGACUUCUGCUCCUUAACCCGAACAGGUCGUGGGAGCUGGAACAAAUGCACUAAACCUUCUGGUCGCAGAUGUAAUCGGAUUGAAUAUGAAAAGCCUUAUAUGGAAUUUCAGGGACUGACAGAUAGAAGCUAUAUGAGUUUUUUCAGAGCAAUUGGAAUCUAAGUGGACGUUGCAAAUACAGCGGGCCGGACAUGGUGCAAUGAGAGUUUGGUGUAGUCCACUGAGCAGAGAUAGUUUAGACUAUGUCUGCUCUGUGGAUUGUUUGUUGAUCCUCUUGUUUGCUUCUUUCAGAUGAACCUGCCACUAUAUUGUGACGAUAUUUCAAUCGUUUGAAGGGAAUUUUUUUCGAGAAAGUUAUUAAAAGUGGUCUACAGGAAGCAGUUUUCCGAUUUUAUGCGUUGCUAAGUUUUUAUUGCCUCGAGGAACUUUUGGGUGAGAAGAGAAUACUUUUCGUUAAAGCAAAGACGAUUUUGUUCUUCACACAUCGCGUGACAAGCUUUCAAUUACGUGCCAUCAAUGUCUGAAGUGUUGCUUCCAGUACAGAGAAAAAAUCGUGAAACAAUGCCGAGUAGACUAACAGACGCAUCUUAUCUGCUUUUUGCUUACAAUCGCACUCAUGAGACGAUGCAGACGCAUGGGAAAGCAUGCUCCAAUGUCAAGUGGAGGAGAGAUUCUGUGCUACAAUAGGUGGACUUUUUCGUACUUUCACAUGCACAGAACUAAAAGAAUAACGCCCAGUUGAUGUAGCAUAGAUGGGAUCUUUGGAUAUGUAAUCGAGGUCUGUAAGUCCAAAGUCUCAGUCGUCGCAACUAGUCCGAUACUAUAUAUAAAUGUUUGAUACUAUAUAUAUACUUGACUUCUCACCUGUGUGGACCACAGACACUUCGACAGAUCUUUGAGAUUUAUCAUUUUUAUUCAAGGAUCAUAUAUAUGAAAACCGUUAGACCUUUACAAGGAUUUGAUUUUGUGAAG